AUGUCGUACUGGAAGAAAACAGUGAAUGUAAAAUCAAGUGAACCAAUCCGGAAGCUGUGUCAAACUCUAGAGAUUGAGGGGCAGAAACAGUAUCCAGACUUGCAGCUGCUGGCUGCUCUGAGAAUGGAGCUUGAGAAGGCUUGUCAAGAAGAGGAGUCCUUUUGGAAGCAGAAAUACCUGUUGCUUGAAGGAAUGCAAACAAGAUUCACAAACAGAAUGUACAACAGCCUUUCGAAGCCGGUGACAGAUGCUGAAAUUAAACAUGCAGUCAAAGCUAUCAAAAGCGACAGUGCACCGGGGAUAGAUGGCAUGACAGGUCAGUUAUUUCAAAGAUACCGGAGCAUCACGGGUGCACAAGUGACCAAGGAGGUGAAAGAGUUCUUUGAGUCUGGAGUGAUGCCGACAGACUGGAACCAUACUCAACAAUGCUUGUUACCAAAGGUGCCCAAUGCAAAACAAAUGAAGGAUCUGAGACCAAUUAGUCUUUUCUCGGUGGUGUAUAAAAUCAUCUUGAAAGUGUUGAGCAACAGGCUAAAGGGUAUCCUACCUCGGAUUUUCUCUCCGACCCAAGGAGCCUUUGUUGCAGGUCGGUUGACUUCAGAUAAUCUUCUAACAGCGCAUGAGAUGAUUCAUGGUCUCAAGACGAACCCCAACUGUAGAGGAGAUUAUAUAGCUAUAAAGACAAAUAUUUCUAAAGCUUAUGACAAAGUGGAGUGGGAUUUCUUGGAGACUUUGUUCGCAAAGUUGGGGUUUGCUGGGCGUUGGAUUGAGUGGGUAAUGAGCUGCGUUCGAGCAGAACAAAAUGGGUCACUUACAGGCAUGAAGUUGACGAGGAACUGCCCUUCUGUUCAGCAUUUUCUUUUUGCAGAUGACAGUAUGUUCCCAUGUAAAGCCAGUUUAUGUGAAUGUACUGAGUUAAUAAGAUGCUUGAAGCUGCAUGAAGACUCCUCGGAUCAGGUUAUAAACUUCCAGAAGUCAGCGAUCUCGUUUGGUGCUAAUAUUGAUCCGGUUAUGAGGAGGUUGUUGGCUGAGAUUCUACAGAUUGAAAACAAAGGUGGCAAUGGGAACUACUUGGGUUUACUUGAAUGCUUCUUGGGUUCAAAACAUAAACUGCUUGCUUUCAUUGGUGAGAAACUUAACGAGAGAUUACGAGGUUGGUUUGCCAAAAAGCUUUCCCAUGGAGGAAAGGAGGUGCUCCUCAAUUCUAUUGCUAUGGUGCUCCCGGUGUACGCGAUGUCAUGUUUCCGCUUGACUAAACACCAUUGCCAAAAGAUUAUGAGUGAAAUGGCCAGCUUCUGGUGGGCUGAAGAUGGUGACAAAAAGAAGAUUCAUUGGAUUGCUUGGAAAAAUAUAUGUGUACCAAAGGACAAAGGUGACUUGGGUUUCAGGGAUAUAGAAGAUUUCAACCAAGGUCUAUUGGCAAAACAAGCAUGGAAGCUGCAUAAUGAGCCUAAUAGCUUACUGAUGAGGGUCUACAGAGGUCGCUAUUACUCUGCAUCGAGCUUCUUGGAAUGUGAGCUGAUAGGAGAUGAUGGGAAAUGGAAAAUAGAUACACUGGAGGAACUAUUCCCACCAAAUGAAGUUCAACGUAUCAAGCAGAUCAUACUGGGUAACAUGGAUGACAAGGAGAUUUGGGCCUUUAAUAAGGCUGGAGACUACUCAGUUAAAAGUGGAUGUUCGCUGCUAAGGAAACUAGCUGAGAAUGCGGGAGAAGAAGGUAUGGUGCAUGAUCAGGCUAUGAUUGAGCUGAAGAAACAAAUAUGGAGAAUGAGAACUAUCCCCAAGAUUCGAACGUUUGUAUGGCGUGCAGCAUCGGGGGCCCUAGCGGUAGCAGAACGUCUUACGGCCCAUGGCAUGCCUGUGGAGAUGACAUGUAUGUUAUGCCACCAAGGGAUAGAGACAAUUGAGCAUGUUCUGUUUCAGUGCACAAAGGCACAAGAGCUCUGGAGUGAGUUUGAUCUAACCUCGGGCCAUUCCUUUCAUGCUGGUACACUCACAGAGUUGUUGAAUGAAUCGUUAGAAGAAGAAACAUUAUGGCAUGAGUUGAAUAGAGUAGAGAGCAGUGGCAUUACAAUGCCUAAUGACCUAGGGGUGCCAAAGUAG